AUGAUUGCUGCGGCGUUUUUGGUCCUGUUAAGGCCGUACAGCAUUCAAUGUGUGCUGCUGUUAUUGUUGCUUUUACUUGGGACUAUAGCGACAAUUUUGUUUUUCUGCUGCUGGCAUCGCAGGCUUCGUAAUGGAAAACAUCCAAUAAAAUCAGUGCUCUCCGGACGCACCAAGAGCCGCGUUGGCCUCCGAACACAUCAUUUUCGAUCAGAGGGCUUCAGGCACAGUCCACGUCAUGCAAGAAGGAGCAUACAUGCUCGAGUGACAGAGGAAAAACCCAAUCUGGUCGAGAUUCCUGAGAGCGAACCCGAUUCGUCGUCGACUCUAAGAAAACGCAAAGUGAAGAAGAGAGUCCUGCCAGAAUUUUACCAGUCUGUACAAGUCACCCCCACACGCAAACCUAGCUCCAGUUCGGGGAACCCUUCCCUGCACUGCUCCAUGUCAUCCUCGGCGGAUUUCUCAGACGAGGAUGAUUACAGUGUUAAAUCUGGGUCGGCAUCACCUGCACCCGGGGACACUUUACCCUGGAACCUGCCUCGACAUGAGCGAUCCAAGAGGAAAAUUCAGGGAGGAUCCGUGCUGGAUCCGGCUGAGAGAGCCGUGCUCAGGAUCGCAGAUGAAAGAGACAGAGUGCAGAAGAAGACGUUUACAAAAUGGAUUAACCAGCAUCUGCUGAAGGUACGAAAGCAUAUAAAUGACCUGUAUGAAGACUUACGAGAUGGACAUAACCUGAUCUCACUGCUGGAGGUUUUGUCUGGAGACACAUUGCCUCGGGAGAGAGGGAGGAUGCGCUUCCACAGACUCCAGAAUGUACAAAUAGCACUGGAUUAUUUGAAGAGGCGGCAGGUCAAACUUGUAAACAUCAGGAAUGACGACAUCACAGACGGCAACCCAAAACUGACCCUGGGAUUGAUAUGGACCAUUAUUCUGCACUUUCAGAUAUCGGAGAUCCAUGUGACAGGAGAGUCCGAAGACAUGACCGCCAAGGAGAGGCUACUGUUCUGGUCCAGGCAGAUAACAGAUGGCUAUGUAGGUGUACGAUGUGACAACUUCACAACCUCCUGGAGGGAUGGGAGACUAUUUAAUGCCAUCAUUCAUAAAUACAGGCCAGAUCUGGUUGACAUGAGCCGUGUGUCGACACAGGCCAACCGAUCAAAUUUAGAGCACGCAUUUUGUGUAGCUGAACAGCUGGGGGUGGCCAGACUGCUGGACCCCGAGGACGUAGACGUUCAGUCACCCGAUGAAAAAUCUGUCAUCACAUACGUCUCGACACUGUAUGAUGCUUUCCCGAAAGUACCCGAUGGUGUUGAUGGAAUCAGUCCUAAUGAUGUUGAUAUCAAAUGGGUGGAGUACCAGAACAUGAUCAAAUACCUCAGCCAGUGGAUCAAACACAAUGUGGCCAUAAUGUCAGAUAGAUCAUUCCCCAACAACCCUGUGGAAAUCAAGGCACUUUAUACACAGUAUUUGCAGUUUAAAGAACACGAAAUCCCGCUGAAAGAGAACGAGAAGACAAAAAUCAAGAAUCUCUAUAAAAUGCUUGAGAUGUGGAUCGAGUUUGGACGUAUUCAGUUACCCCAGGGUCAUCACCCAAAUGAUGUGGAGAAGGAAUGGGGUAAAUUAAUCGUUGCCAUGCUAGAAAGGGAGAAGAGCCUGAGGCCUGAGGUGGAAAGGCUUGAGAUGUUGCAGCAGAUUGCCAACAGGGUCCAGCGGGACUGUGUUAACGGAGAGGACAAGCUGGCGUUGGCAAGAAUUGCCCUGCAGUCUGAUGCAAAACGCCUUGAGUCUGGUAUUCAGUUCCUACAUGAAGCUGAGAUUGCUGGCUACCUUUUAGAGUGUGAGAAUAUCCUCAGACAACAAGUGGUGGACAUCCAAAUUCUUCUGGAUGGGAAAUUCCCCUUUGCAGAUCAACUUGUCCAAAGGGUGUCAAAACUCCGGGAUGACCUUCUAGCCCUGAGAGCAGAGUGUUCUUCUGUGUACAGCAAAGGUCGUACCCUGACGACAGAACAAACCAAAAUGAUGAUCUCGGGCAUCACACAAAGCCUGAACUCUGGCUACUCUCAGAACUUCAACACAAGCCUCACACCAGCCCUUACUCCUGCACUCCCCCCAGGGGGGUUAGGUACCCCUGGGUCCACAUUCACCUCUAGCCUUACACCGUGCCUGACCCCGUCCUUUACCCCUGCCUUGACCCCCGGUCUGCAGCCUGCUUCAGUCCACAGCUACAUGGGUGGUGGCGGCAUGGACCCAGGCAGCCUCAGGCAUUUGAAACACAUGCAGAUCCGCAAACCCUUACUGAAAUCCUCACUGGCAGACCCCAACAUGACAGAAGAGGAGGUCAACAUGAAAUUUGUUCAGGACCUCCUGAGCUGGGUGGAGGAGAUGCAGUUGCAGCUGGAUCGGUCGGAGUGGGGAUCUGAUUUGCCAAGUGUGGAAAUGCAUUUAGAGAACCACAAAAGUGUACACAGAGCCAUUGAAGAAUUUCAAAUGAGUCUUAAAGAUGCCAAACUGAGUGAGAUUCAGAUGACAAUCCCCCUGAAACUAACUUAUUCAGACAAACUGAACAAACUAGAAAAGCAGUAUGAAACGCUAUUGAGCUGUUCAAGAGAGAGACAAAGCCAUCUGGAAAGCCUGCAUGACUUUGUGUCAAAGGCAACUCAGGAGCUCAUCUGGCUGAAUGAGAAGGAGGAGGAGGAAGUUGCCUUUGACUGGAGUGAUCGCAACGACAACAUCUCCAAGAAAAGAGACUACCAUGCUGACCUAAUGAGGGAGCUGGAUGAAAAGGAGGAAGUGAUCAAGUCUGUGCAGGACAAGGCAGAACGCCUUAUGCUCAAAAACCACCCCGCCAGGCUCACUAUUGAAGCUUACAGGGCUGCCAUGCAGACGCAGUGGAGCUGGAUUUUACAGCUCUGCUCAUGUGUAGAACAGCAUCUCAAGGAGAAUGCUGUUUAUUUUGAGUUUUUCAGUGAUGCCAAAGAGUCCAUGGACUACCUUAAGAGCCUGCAAGAUGCCAUUCAAAGAAAAUACAGCUGUGAUCGAACAAGCAGCCUACACAGAAUGGAGGAUCUCAUUCAGGAGUCCAUGGAUGAGAAAGAGCAGCUUCUUCAGUACCGCAGCUCUGUAGCUGGGUUAGUGGGCAGGGCCAAGAAUAUUGUGCAGCUCAGGCCCAGGAACCCUGAAAGCCCUGUGAGAUCCUCCAUCCCUGUCAAAGCCAUCUGUGAUUAUCGUCAGAUUGAGAUUACCAUUUAUAAAGAGGAUGAGUGCGUAUUGGCCAGUAACUCUCACCGGGCCAAGUGGAAAGUCAUCAACCCAGCAGGGAAUGAGGCCAUGGUGCCCUCUGUGUGUUUCACUGUGCCUCCACCUAACAAAGAGGCUGUUGAUAUGGCUACCAGAAUUGAGCAGAUAUACCAGAACGUCCUGGCACUGUGGCACCACUCCCACAUCAACAUGAAGAGUGUGGUGUCUUGGCAUUAUCUAAUGGCUGAUAUACGAGCCAUCCGCAACUGGAAUGUUGCCUCAAUAAAGACCAUGUUACAAGGUGAGCAUCAGCAGGUCUUGAGCAACCUGCAGUCCCACUUCGACGAGUUCCUGGAGGACAGCGAGGAGUCCGAGGUAUUCACAGUGGCAGACUGUGCUCAGCUAGAGAGAGACGUUGCGGCCUGCAAGGAGUACUACCAGGAGCUACUCAGAUCUGCAGAAAGAGAGGAACACGAGGAGUCGGUGUACAAUCAUUACAUCUCAGAAAUCCGCAACUUCCGGAUGCAUCUGGAGGCCCACGAAGAACACCUGAUCAGGCAACUCCGCACACCGCUGGAGAGAGACGACCUGGAGCAGAGUCUGCAGCGCAUCACAGAUCAUGAGAAGAAGACAGCGGAGCUGAAUAGACUGAAGGAGGACCUUGACGUGAUGAAGGAGAAGUGUGAGCUGUUCCUCAGACAGGCUGCAGGUUCUCCUUCUGUGCCAACGCUUUCCUCUGAACUCACCGUCAUCGUUCAAAGCAUGAGCCAAGUGUACUCCAUGUCUUCCAUUUAUAUGGACAAACUGAAAACAGUGAGCUUAGUGGUGAGGCACAGCCAGAGUGCAGAGGCGCUAGUUAAGGCCUACGAAUCCAAACUCUACGAGGAAGACGCUAUGAACUCUGACGUCAAGUCCAUUGAGACAGUCAUUUCAACACUGAAGCAAUGGCGGACAGAGAUUGACGAGAAGCAGGGGGUGUUCCAUGACAUGGAGGAUGAGCUGCAGAAAGCCCGAGUCAUCAGCGACCGCAUGUUUAAGGCACACAACGAGCGUGACUUUGAUCUGGACUGGCACAAGGAGAAAGCUGAUCAGCUGAGCGAGAGAUGGCAGAACAUUCACUCCCAGAUUGAUAACAGGCUGCGGGACCUGGAUGGUAUUAGCAAAUCUCUGAAACACUACAGAGACUCCUACAGCUGUCUGGAUGAAUGGGUUAGAGAAAUGGAAGCAGCACAGCUAAAGGCCCAAGAAAACAAACCUGAAGAUAGCAAGGCACUGGCUGAGCUGUUGAACAAACACAAGGUCCUUGUUGCUGAAAUUGAACAAAAACAGAGCAGAAUUGAUGAGUGUCAGAAGUACUCAGAGCAGUACUCAUCUGCCAUUAAGGAUUAUGAACUUCAGCUGAUGACUUUCAGAGCGAUGGUUGACUCCCAACACAAAUCCCCUCUCAAGAAACGGAGGAUGCAGAGCUCUUCUGAUGCCAUUCAGCAGGAGUUUAUGGAUCUUCGAACCCGCUACACUGCUCUUGUGACUCUCAUGACACAGUAUGUGAAGUUUGCCAGUGAAACGCUGAAGAGAACUGAAGACGAGGAGAGAUCUGUUGAUGAGGAGAAGAGAGAGCAUGGUGAUAAAGUUAGCAAACUAUUGCACUGGAUGUCCAAUGUGAAACAGACCCCGAACAAUGAUGGAAAUGCCCUGAAAGAUAGCAAUGCCAACACAGAUGCUUCUAGCACGCCCCAGGUGUCAGUCGAGGAAAUGGUCACUAAGAAGGAACAAAUUGCAGAAGCACUAAGGGCCACACAGAUGAUGCUGAUCAAACACAGUGACAAAAUGACCGAAGAGGAAAGAGAAAAGGCCCAGGAGCAGCUGAAGGCGCUCAAUCAGGCCUACAGUGAACUCUCCCAACAUUGUUCAGAUCAGACAACCUCUGCAGAAGAGGAUUUAAAACCCAGUGAUGCAGGGUUUGGGACCAGAUCCAGUAGUGGCCCAAUCAAUCGGAUAACUGGGGUCACCCUCCCAGAGGCCCAAGCGGUAAACUCCAACCUUUUUCAGUCUGAGCCGCAUGUUUGUCUAGACCCGGACGAUGCUUUCAAACAAGAUCUCGUUUAUAAAUCCACCCUGAACCACUUGCCAAAGUUCAACGAAGCAAGCAAGUGCAUACAUAGUUCACAUGUUUCUUCUGUGUCACUCUCUGACAUAGCAGCAGCUAGGGAAGGGGCCAAGUGUGAAGACCCGAUCAUCAAGAUGAUAGAGGUGAAGGAAGUCAGUGAUGGAUUGAAGGUGUGCUACACGGGGGACACACUGACCCUGGAGAGGGCUUUUCAUUGUGGUUUGAUACCUGCUUCUGUCUAUGUAGAAAUUCUGCAGAGGCAAAAGACCUGUCAGGAUAUAAUGAAUCCCAGAGCUGCUGAAGAUGUGCCACUCUUAGAGCCUGUGCAGGAGGUUGAACCUUGUGAGGUCAGUAGACUGAUAUUGAAGUGCCUCAGCAGAAAUAAAUCACUGACUUCAGGGAGGGAUAUUAACACUUUGAGGUAUUUUUGUGAUGGUGUAAGUGAUCAGGAGACCAUGUCAGAGGAUGGUAUGGGUGAUGGGCUAAAAGUGGAUGCAGCCGUUCAGUGUGAUUUGAUGAGAUCUAGCAGCACACUCAUUGUGCUUGACAAUCAGCAGCAGUUUAUGGGACUUGUGUUGCCUUCUCAUGGGGAAAUCCAAACCGUGUCUACCUCAUUCCAGUAUGACCAUCAAAUCACCACUGAUGAGUUUACCAGCACACUCUUAAGUAAUCGGGAGAAAAUAGCAGCUUUUUACAUUCCAGAAAAUUCAGAGGUGGUCGACAUCGCCGCCGCCAUUCAGAAUGGUUUCAUUGACAUUUAUACAGCAGAGGUUUUAAAAUCCGUAGGGAUUCCUGAUGUGUUUCCUGAUGUUGAUCACCUUAAUGAAAAGUUUUCAUCUUGGCUUAUGUACAGAAAACUCACGGUUGAUGGAUGCUAUCAUGCUGCAGAUUGCUUAAAAGUUGAUAACAUCCCUACUCAAACAGAGGCAAAGCAGCUAUUCAUCUCCUACCUAAUGUUGAACAGUUACAUAGAGCCCGAAUCCGGGCAGCGGGUCCUAAUACUCGAUAGACAGCUUAGUAAAAUGGUCAACAUUUUUCUUGACGAUUCAAUAUUUUCUGAGAAAAAUGUGACUUCUCUGACUUUAAAUGUUGGUGAUCUUCCAGAACAGAUAGAUUCAGACAUACCACUGCACAUAAAUGAGGAAACGGAGGAGUUAAUUAAAAACACACCACACACAUUUGAUCCUGGUGAUUUCGUUUCCUCAGCCAAUGGAAGAAUUAGCUUUGAUAAAAAAACAUACGCAGAUGAAGACGCUCUAAAACAGGAAUUGUUAGUAGAUGAUGAUGACACUGACAUGGAUACCACAGAGCCUGGUGUAGCGGAGGAAACCGUGUGUCAAAACAACACAAAUUGGACCAAGUCAGACCAAUUUCCAGAUUGUGGAAAUAGUUUCCAAAUUGAUGAUGGAGGUGCUGACAGUGAAGGUCUUGAUAUUCCAGGGACCUCAGUUCUUCAAACGUUAUGCUUUGUAAACAGAACAAAUGUUGGCUCGCCGUCAAGGAUGUUUGACUCUGAGGGUUUAGUAGAAUCGUGCCGUCAGACACUACCAUACUACGAUGCUGAGUCACUUUGUAGUGAUUCAGAAGGUGCGGAUAUUAUCCAAGAUGAGUUUUUAUGCUCUCAGGACGUAUUAGUUGACAAAGAGCAAGACUGUGCUACUCAUCUCCUGAAAGCACAAAUGGAGGAAGGAGACAUUUUACAUGUCACCUCUGGGAGGCGUUAUGACCAGGAGGCAGCUCUCAGUCAGGGCCUAGUUGACCAGACGACAGUUUUGAAACUGCUUGACCUACGGUCAGAUGAAAAAGCAAGUGUCGUAGGAGAUGAGGAUGACACAAUGUCUGUUUUAAAACAGCCAGUGUCAGAUGGAUCCAUAUCCUCAAAUACUGCUCUUCGUAAUAUGGAACAGCAGAGCCUGUCGAGGUCUGGUUGCACCGUUAGUAUCAGUGAGUCUGGAUUAGUUAAAGAUGACUGUGUUGACUUCUACCCCGAAGACAGCAGUUACCCAGAGGAAAACUGCACUCACUCCAUCCCUGAUGAUCAUAAUCGGCAUUUAAAUAAUAAUAACGAAGCUGGAAACACGCAGACUGAGAGGAAGGUUGCUGUCAUGAUGCUUGAUCUGACUAAUUACGAGGCUGAUAACAAAGAGAUAGAGAGUGAAAAAGGAGGUGCAGAGGUAGAUUGUGAGACAACAGGAAAUGUAGGAGAGCUGAGUAAUUAUCUCCAUCAUUCCCCUCUCUCAGUUAGUGGUCACGGGUCUCCGAUGAUCUCACCCGCCUCAUGGAGUCAGGUUUCUUCAGAGUGUAUUCAUCACUUUGACAAAUCGCCUUUACCGGCUGAAGGCAGUGACUCACAGGGUGUAAUCAAUAACCAACUGACAGAUACGGCUGUUGUGAUAGAAAAAGCUGCUCCAACUACCCAGUCACGUUCAUCUAGUCUGAGUGACAGAACUGAAGAGCUCAGCACUGAUCCAGAAAGCCAGACUCAAUAUGCCACUUAUAUUGAUCCCUCUAAAUUGGACAGCUCACCCAUUGAUAAUGUUUUUUUCAUCGCGGGAUAUGAUGCCCAGGUGGAAAAUAAUACCGUUAGCGAGAGUGUAUUAUACAUGUCUUCAUCACACUGCAAUGUGUUGUCUGAGGAAAGUAGAACGGAGAAUGACACAAGCGCAGUUCAGUCACCUUUGGACGGCGAGCCAGCUCCGAGUAUAGAUUACUCAUCGCCCAGAGAUUUGGUUGAAAGUGCAGUCAUCUCAGAGUCAAGGGGUAAUGGUAACUAUGACAACAACAUCACAGAAGAUGGCAGCAGAAUCACAUUACAUCAGCAAGCAGCAUUUCGUUCAGAAAGCGAUUUUAGUGUUGGAUCUGAGCCCAGCUGCUCUCAAACUGGUCAGAGUGUGCUUGUCGGGGAGAGAUCUCCACAGUCACCCAUUGUUUCCGAUGAAGUCACCGCAGCAAAUGCUAUCAAUCUUAAGUGUUUUGAUGCAGAAGAUUCAGAGCACUAUACUCCAGCUGUUGAAACAGGACUGGCUGAUGAAGAUUUGUCAGGUUCACAGCACAGUGAUGCAGAAGAUGUUGAGUUGAGCACAGGCAGUCUUUCCCCAGAGAGGCAACAUGAGGACAUUUUCACAGGCAUUGAUAUGGAACAGAUCUCUGUGUCGAGAAAUGUACAGACAGGAGAGACAAGUGAUAAAGAAAACGCAGGUUUUUGUGGAAAUGCUUCAGAACUUAACUUAGGACAGUCUGAAGCUGUAAUGGGAGUAGGGUUAGGAUUGUAUAUUCUACCAGAGGAAAAAAGGUUAGAUGUGUGUUCUUCUGAGCAUCCCCAGGUAGAUACAGAUUUCCUGUCAGACAGCUGUGUUACAUCUGAUGCUUCCUCUUCAGCUCCGUCAGUGUUUUCUAAUGCUGUAAGGGCACAUGUAGAUGUAGAGGAGGAAAUUAUUACAAAGGGUGAUUCGCAAAAGGCACAACCUCGAGACACUGAAAGCACUGUAGUUCAGAAUGCUCCACAACCUUUAGACGAAGGUGGUUUUCACAAGAAAGACCCACCUCAUGGACUUUUAGAGAGCAGUCAUCCAGACCUUCUCAUGGAUUUACUGAAACAAAACGCCCUCAGAUUUAACAACAAAGAAAUAGAAAACUCAGAACAGAUACUGCAGGAAGAGAAAGUCGGUGAAAAGACACAGCAGCCUGAUGCUCCAAAUAUCCAGCUGCAACUGCUGCAGGUUCUCAAGACUGUUUCCUCAAGCCAAGACCUUUCAGUGCUUCAGGAAGUGAUGGACACUCUAAACAGUGCCCUGGGGGGUGACUCCCUGCAGGGUGACUUUCUGGAGGAACGGCGCCACACACUGGAGAGCAUCAAGGAGGAGAGCUCAGAGGGAGAAGAUGAGGGCUCAGCAGAAGAUGACUCGGGUGUCUGCCGCUCUGCUGCAGCCAGUCACCAACCGUCUCCUCAGUCGUGUGGCAGCUCAGACGCCUGCAAAGUUGAGAAGGUUAAAAAUAAGUUGUUCACCAUCCAGGAUUAUUUGGAGUGUGUUGGGAGACUGCAGGAUCACGCUGAUGUUUUGGAAGAUGUCAGAAAAGACCUUUUAAUCCAGGCACCCGUGGGGAACAACAUGGAAGAACUGCAGAUUCAAAUAGAGGAUUUUCAGUCUCUGGACUCCCAAUUUUCUAGGCUGGCUAGUGUUUUAAAGGCAGAUAUGGAGAAAGCCAAACACCUCGUGAAUUCUGCUGAUGAGGAUAUUCCCAUACAAAUCCACCACGAUUUAGCCUCGACAUAUCAGGAUUUAGAGCCAAAUUUUACUGCUGUUUCCCAAAUGUGUGCAGAAAGGAGUCACUCCCUAAUUCAAGCAAUGGAAACUGGAAAGGUACACUUGGAAAUAACGUACCAGAAACAUCUAGGUGAUCUUGAUGAACUCACGGGCCUCAUCCGAAACAACUCAAAAAUGUGUGACGUGGAUCUUAACCCAUGUGAUGUGGACACACUGAAACAUUUGAUCAAACAGAACAGGGACACGGAGAGCAGUCUGCUAAAAGAAGCCAGGAUCAAGUUAGAGGAUGUCACAUUUGAUAUCCAGUGCUUUAUUUCUGAGCACGCUCAGUUUCUGAGUCCAACUCAGAGCAGCUUCCUCCUCAAGUUCCUCAGCACCACUCAACGUGCGUUCAGGGAUCAGACAGAGAGGCUUGGUACCCAGAGGAGUGCCUUAGAUGUCCUACUGGACACCAGGGAGAGGGAGAACCAGGACAAGUCUUUGUUGGAGAAACACAAGGAGUUUACAGAGAAGUUGGAGGAAGUGUGUGCUAAUCUCACCCUGACAGAAAACCAUCUGAUCGGUCAUCAGCAACAGGCUGAAAAUGCUGAGUGUGUCACAGACCUGCAGCAGUACCAGCAGGAGCACCAGGCCCUGCAAAAAGAUGUAUUGACAAACGCCAGUGCUUUGAAUGAGGUCAUCACAAGUACUAAAAAGUUUCUGGAGGAAAACCGGAGCAAGCUAAUGCCAGAUCAAAUCGCCGUAAUUGAGAGCAAGUUGGAAGAGGCCAAAAGCAGAGCCAAGCUCAUCAACCAGCGGGCUGAGGAGUCCAGGAAAGAUUUGGAGAAGGUUGUUACCACAGCCAUAAAACAGGAGAGUGAAAAGGCAGCAGCUGUUGAGCGUCUUGAAGAAAGUAAGAACAAAAUCGAAGGUCUCCUGGACUGGAUAUCCAACAUAGGGAAUGAAAACGAGAGCCGUCUGGAUCAAACUGACCAUAUAAGUAAAGAGAAUGGAAACCUGCCUAAAGAAACCUCGGCCACAGGACUGAUAGGAGAGGAUGACGAUGCCAAUGGAAACACUUUACAGACCACUGAAAAGGAUUUUGGCACAGAGACCAGCGGCAAGAACAACGGCUCCUUUGACCUGGAUAAGCAGUAUGACAGGGUCAAGGCCCGUCAUCAGGAGAUUCUGUCCCAGCAGCAGGAUCUGAUCAUGGCCACCCAGUCAGCUCAGGCUCUGCUCGACAAGCAGGCCAACGUGCUGUCUCCGGAGGAGAAGGAGAAGCUGCAGAAGAACAUCCAGGAGCUGAAGGGGCGCUACCAGGCCUCGCUGACACAGGCUGAACAGCAGAUGAAGCAGGUGCAGUGUGUCCAGGAGGAGCUGAAGAAGUUCCAGGGUGACUGUGAGGAGUUUGAGGGCUGGUUAGACCAGGCGGAGGGAGAGAUAGAGGAGCUGGGCGCUCCUGCAAGCUCCCUCAAUAUCCUGAGCGAUAAACACCAGCGACAGAAAAGCUUCUCAGAAGAUGUGAUUUCCCACAAAGGGGACCUUCGCUUCAUCACCAUGUCAGGACAGAAAGUGCUGGAUGUGGCUAACGCCUGUGGACUGGCUAACUCUGCGGCUAAGAACGCUCUGCUGGAUGUGGAUACUUCAGGAACUUGUUCUGCUGUCAAGGACAAGUUGGCUUCAGCAGCCAGCAGAUACAAAACACUACAUUCACAGUGUAAUCAGCUUGGCAACAACCUGAAAGAUGUGGUUGACAAAUACAAGAAAUAUGACGACUCGAGCGCCGGUCUUUUGAAGUGGCUGAACAGCUCAGAGGAGGAAGCGAGAAAGCAGCAAUCAGAGGCCAUAGCAGCUGACCCACAAACACUACAGAAACAGCUGGAGGAGACCAAGGCCCUACAAAGUCAGAUGUCAGGACAUCAGACUGCUAUUGAUACACUACGCAAAGCAGCUGAGUCUUUGAUAACAUCUGAAGGAGACCUGCUGAGCAACUCGGACGAUAUCCAGGAGACAGUAGAUGACAUAGUUGAACGCUACGACAACCUGUCCAAGUCUGUGAGUGAUCGAAAUGAGAAACUGCAGAUCACCCUGACUCGCUCAAUGAGUGUGCAGGACGGUUUGGAUGAGAUGAUGGGAUGGAUGGAGGGAGUGGAGGCCAGUGUAAAAGAGAAAGGACAAAUUCCCCUGGAUUCUGCAUCCAUUGGAGAUAUCCUCAGCAAAGAAGUAGCGUUAGAGCAGGACAUAGCAAGUCGCCAGAGCAGCAUCUCAACCAUGAAAGCCAAGGUGAAGAAGUUUGUGGAGACGGCAGAUCCCUCUGCUGCUGCACUUCUGCAAUCUAAGAUGGAUGCUCUCUCCCAGCGUUUCUCUAACGCCUGUGACAAGCAUAAGCAAAAGGUUUCCCAGCUGGAGCAGCUGAAGGAAAAGGUGGAACAGUUUGAGGAGGUCGCAGAUAAAGUUCAGCAGUUUGUUGUGAAACGUUCACAAGAUUUACACGACACAGACGGGCCAGGAAAAACCUUCAAUGAACUUUACCAGCUAAUGCAGAACACCAACGCUGAGAUGGCUGAACAUGCCAGUGAUUUGGAGAAGCUGCAGACUCUGUCCAUGGAGCUGUCUGAAAUAAGCCCUGAUGGAAACAAAGCCCAGAUCCAGAGCAAGAUGGACAAUCUCUCAAAUAUUUUCAGCACCUUCAAAGACACUGUCAAAGAAAAGGAAGAGGAGGUAUCAUCCUGUCAGGACCAGCUGGGAGAGUUCAGAUCUGCAGCUAGCGCUCUCACCAAGUGGCUGGAGCAGACAAAUGAGAAAGUACCUGCGGUUCAGCUAAGCAGCAGUGUGGAAAGUCUAGAGAAGGAUCUGCAGAUAGUCACUGGAUUGUUAGAUGAGUGGACAUCCAAAGACCUUGCUGUCCAAGACCUGAACAGUAAAGGAUCAGCACUAUGCAGCCUCAUGACUUUCCUCACAUCUCCCGCCAAGACAAAGGCCCCUAACAAGUCAGCUCUUACUAAUGGUGGUGGUCCAGCGAGCCAUUCCUACCUAACCAAUAAAGAGCUGAUGUUAAUUCAGCAGAACAUGUCAUUCGUCAAAGAAGGAUACACAAGCCUCGGGGAAACGCUGGAGAGUCGGGCAGCAGAGCUGAGUAGUUUGGUGCAGGAACUGAAAGAGGCCCAAAAGGAGACAGACAACAUGAUGACAUGGCUGAAGGACAUGAAAAAGACUGCAGCAUCCUGGAACAAAGCAACUACAGAGAAAGAUUCAGUGAAAACACAGCUUGAACAGCAGAAGGCAUUUGAGGAUGACAUGAAGCAAAAGCAGGAGCAGCUCCAGAAGCUAAGAGAGACGCUUCUCAACUUGAUUAAGACUCAUCCGAACUCCCCCGAGGCAGCAAAAUGGAAGCAGAUGUUGGCAGAAAUAGACGCUGCUUGGGCAGAUAUCAGCAGCUCUGUGGAGGAGAGGAAGCAGCACCUGGAGCAAUCCAACAAAAACCUGGACAUCUUCCAAACAACUGAGCUGCAGCUUGGUCAGUGGCUUUCAGAGAAAGAGCUGAUGAUGAGUGUCCUCGGACCCCUCUCGAUAGACCCGAACAUGCUUAAAAUGCAGAAGCAACAAGUUCAGAUCCUCCAGAAUGAAUUUAAGAGCCGAAAACCUCAAUAUGAGCAACUGGAGGAAGCUGCCUCUGCCAUCCUGAGCUCCUCAAGCAACCAGGACCCCUCAAGUGGGAAGCUGGUGAGGGAGCAGCUCGCUGGCGUCACCCAGAAGUGGCAAGGCCUCACAGGAAAGCUGGACCAGCGAGACAGCCUCAUCGACCAGGCCGUGGUAAAGACGGGGCAGUUUCAGAAUUUACUGAGGAGUGUCAGUCAGACUGCCACUCAGCUGGAGAAUCAACUCACCAACCAUCAGGGCCACAGCACCCAGCCCGAUGCUGUGAAGAAGCAAUUGGAGGAUGUCCAUAACAUCUCAGCACAGCUCAGAGAUGAGAAGAAGAAGCUGAAGGAGGCUGAGGCCAUCAACGCAGAGCUCACAGCGAUGGUGACUGAGGACUAUCUCAAAGCAGACUUGGUCAGGCAGCUGGAGAGUGUCAGCAAGCCUUUCAAACAGCUGGAAGAGAAAGCAGCAAAACGGAUCGAGCAGCUCAACUCAACCUUUGCCAGCUCUCAGCAGUUCCAUCAGACCUCCAAAGACUUCCAGUCAUGGCUGGGUGAGAAGCUCCAGGAACAGUCUAAGCCCCAGCCCAUCUCUGCCAAAGUGGACAUCCUGCAGCAAACCCUUGAGGAGCACAGUAAACUCCAAAAGGCUCUCAGUGAACAUGAGAAAGCUUAUAACACAAUCACCGGUGAAGGGGAGAUGCUUCUGCAGAACACUGACGGUGCAGAAAAGUUGGCACUACAAGGGCAGCUGACUACGCUUUCUUCCAACUGGGAGGAGAUGAAGAAGAGCUGUGUAGAGCACGCUGACAAACUUCAGACUGCUCUGCAAAAAUCUCUGAAGUAUCAGGAGCAUGCAGAGAAGCUCAGCUCUUGGAUCCAAGAGUGUGAAGCUAGUGAGGGCCGAGUUAAACUCACUGUUGAUCCGAUCGCUGUGGAGAGCUCAAUUUCUCAGGUUAAAGCUCUCCAGAAGGAUGUCGACAAGCACAGAGGGAUGGUGGAGCAGCUCAACACGGCUGCAGAUGGCCUUCUUGAGGUGGCCAACACAGACACUGAAUCUAUCAAAGAGGAGAAAGCUAGCAUUGGCAAAAGAGUGGACAAUAUAGUGGAAAGUCUGCAGAGCAAAAGGGAGUCUCUGGAGAAGGUUUCACACACAGUUAAGGAAUUUAAUGAUGCCUAUAAAGAGGCAAAGGGUCAGCUUGAGGGGGCUAAGAAGCAGGUGGAUGCCUAUGAGUCACAGGGAGUGCAGGCACACAGCAACAAGAACCUGACCAACAUGAAAGCCCAGCAGAAGAGUUUAGAGGGAGUGCAGAACCAAGUAGAGCACCUAAAGAACUUGGCCAAGGAGCUUGUGGUUGAUGUCCCUGAUGCUGAUGGAGUGACAGACCUCUUACUGCAGGCUGACAGCGUGGAAAAAGACUAUAGCACCCUUAACAAGAAACUAGAGAAGACGUGCCAAGUCAUGGAGGGUAAACUGCAGGGUAUUGGGCAGUUCCAAAACCGUAUCCGUGAGAUGUUUACCCGUUUCACAGACCUGGAUGAUGAACUGGACAGCAUGGCUCCUGUGGAUCUUGACUUGGGCACUCUUAAAGAACAGCAGGACAGCAUUCAGAGCUUUGUGGCUAAACUGCAAGAGCUGAUGGCCAACACAGCCAACGCUGGAGACAGCUGUAAGAAGAUGCUAGAGAGUGAAACCUCACCCGACCUGUUAGGCCUGAAGAGAGAUCUGGAUGCUCUGAGUAAGCAGUGUGGAAAACUGUUGGACAGGGCUAAAGGCAGAGAGCUGCAGGUGCACAGCACUCUCACCAAACUGGAGGAGUUGUAUGGUAAACUCCGCCAAGUGGAAGAUAAACUUUGCAGUGCUGUGGGCAAGGAGGCAUCGCAGGAGGCAGUCGGCAUGGAGACAGAUAUCAUCAACCAACAGCUGGAGGCCUUUAAGGCUUUCCAGAAAGAGGACAUUGAUCCGUUGCAGACUCAGCUUCAAGACAUCAGCUCCCUUGGCCAUGGUCUGAUCCAAAACGCUGCCAAAGGUACCAGCACCAAGAAGCUUGAGGAUGACCUGGAGGAAGUCAACACAAAGUGGAAUACCCUCAAUAAAAAGAUUGCUGAGCGUUCAGCCCAGCUGCACGAAGCCCUGUUGCAUUGUGGGAGGUUUCAGGAUGCUCUGGAGUCACUGCUCAGCUGGUUGACUGACACAGAAGAACUCGUGGCCAAUCAAAAACCUCCAUCUGCAGAGUUCAAAGUGGUCAAGGCACAGAUACAAGAGCAGAAACUCUUACAGAGACUGCUGGAUGACAGAAAGCCAACAGUGGAGCUGAUAAAAAAAGAGGGAGAGAAGGUUGCAGAACGGGCAGAGUCUGUGGAUAAAGAGAAGCUCGCAAAAGAGAUCGGAUGCCUGGGGCAGAGGUGGGACACUCUGCUCAAGAAGGCUGAAAACAGGCACAAGCAAUUGGAGAGCAUCUUAGUGAUCACUCAGCAGUUCCACGAGACCCUAGAGCCCCUGAGCGAAUGGCUGGCCGGUACAGAGAAACACCUAACCAACUCUGAACCCAUCGGCACUGAGACGUCUAAACUGGAAGAUCAGAUCUCUCAGCAUAAGGCCUUAGAGGAGGAGAUUAUGAAUCACAGUAAAGACCUGUUACAGGCCGUCAGUCUGGGUCACAUGCUCAAAACUGUGAGCUCAGUCGAGGAAAAGGAGUUUGUUCAAUCCAAACUGGACGCCACCCAGGCCAGUUACAUAGAGCUCCAGGAGCGAUGCAGGAGAAAAGCUGAGAUGCUGCAACAGGCUCUGGCUAACGCCCAGGUGUUUGGAGAGGACGAAGUGGCCCUCAUGAACUGGCUCAACGAGGUACACGCGAGGCUGAGCGAAGUGUCUGUGGAGGACUACAAAAUAGAUGUUCUUGAAAAGCAGCUGGCAGAACAACGGGCACUACAAAGUGAUAUUGAGUUGAGGAAGAAGAAUGUUGACCAAGCCAUCUCUAAUGGGAUGGAGCUUCUGAAGCAAACAACAGGUGAUGAGGUGGUUGUUAUCCAAGGCAAACUGGACGGAAUAAAAACAAAGUACGCUGAGAUCAACUCUUUGAGUGACAGCGGUUUAAAGACAUUGGAGCGGGUUUGGAGUCUCUCUACUAAGCUGCAGCAUGCCCAUGAGGACCUGAGCUCGUGGCUCGAGAAAGUAGAAGCUGAGGUCAGCGCUUUUGCUGAUCAGGAUCCAGUGGGCGAGCAGCUCAUUCAUGCACAAAGCAGGCAGAAGGCGUUGUUGAAGGAAAGUAAAGACCAAAAACCUGUGAUGGACAAGCUGAAUGAGUUAAGUAGCUCUCUCUUGGAUCUGAUCCCCUGGCACGCUCGUGAGGGUCUGGACAAGCUGGUGACUGAGGAUAAUGAGCGGUACAGAGCCGUCUGCGACACCGUCAGCCAGCAGGUCGACCAGAUCAACGCUGAUAUACUCAAGUCACAGCAGUUUGAACAGGCUGCAGACGCUGAACUCUCCUGGCUGACUGAAGCUGAGAGGAAGUUGCUGUCGAUGGGCGAGAUCAGGCUGGAGAAGGACCAAACCACAGCCCAGCUCCAAGCACAGAAGAUCUUCUCCAUGGACAUUAUGAGGCACAAAGAUGCUGUGGACGAUAUUGUGAAAACAGGAAAGGCCAUCAUGAACACCAAAAACCCAGAAGAGAAAGAAAUCUUGGAGGCCAGGACCCAGACACUCUUGGAUCAGUACGGCAUUGUCAGUCAGCUGAACUCGGAGCGCUAUCUGCAGCUGGAACGAGCCCAGUCUCUGGCCAGUCAGUUCUGGGAGACCUGUGAGGAGAUGUGGCCGUGGCUUCAGGAAACCUUGGGCGCCUUCAGCCAGCUGCCUCCACCCUCCAUCGAGUAUGAAACACUCAGGCAGCAGCAAGAGGAGCUGAGGCAAAUGCGUGAGCUGAUUGCCGAGCACAAGCCCCACAUCGACAAGAUGAAUAAGACCGGACCUCAGUUACUUGAAAUCAGCCCGGUGGAGGGCGUGCCCAUCAGAGAGAAGUACACAGCUACAGACCAACUUUACACCAAACUCAAGGCUGAUGUCAAGCAGAGAGCUGCUACUCUGGAUGAGGCCAUCUCCAAAUCCACCCAGUUCCAUGAUAAAAUUGACCCGAUGCUGGAAUCCCUGGAACGGAUCGCUGAACGCCUGCGGCAGCCUCCGUCCAUCUCAGUGGAGGUUGACAAGAUCAGAGAGCAGAUUACUGAAAAUAAAUCUGUCUCUGUGGAUUUGGAGAAGCUUCAGCCCUCUUAUGAGACACUGAGGCAGCGAGGCGAGGAGAUGAUUGCACGAUCUGUAGGAGCAGACAAGGACAUGUCUGCCAAAGUUGUACAAGACAAACUGGACCAGAUGGUGUUUCUCUGGAACGACAUCCAGGCCUUACUGGAGGAGCGGGAGGCGAAGCUGCUGGAUGUGAUGGACCUGGCAGACAAGUUCUGGUGUGACCACUGCGCUCUCAUCGUCACCAUCAAAGACAGCCAGGACCUGCUAAGAGAGCUGGAGGAGCCCGGAGUCGAUCCUUCGGUCGUCAAACAACAGCAGGAGUUUGUCGAGGGAUUUAAGGAGGAGAUUGAUGGGCUGCAGGAAGAGCUUGAUGUGGUUCAAAUCCAGGGUGCAGAGCUUAUGACUGCCUGCGGGGAACCUGAUAAACCUGUGAUAAAGAAAAGUAUUGAUGAGGUGAAUUCAGCAUGGGAAAAUCUUAAUAAGACUUGGAAGGAGAGAGUAGAGAGGCUGGAAGAAGCCAUGCAGGCUGCUGUGCAGUUCCAGGAUGGCCUGCAGGGCAUGUUUGACUGGGUGGAUAUUCUGGAGAGCAAACUGGAUUCAAUGUCACCUGUAGGCACAGACCUGGAAACUGUCAAGCAGCAGAUGGUAGAACUCAAGGAGUUCAAAGGAGAGGCGUACCAGCUGCAGAUCGAGAUGGAGCGCCUGAACCACCAGGCAGGCCUCCUGCUGAAAAAGGUGACGGAGGAGGCCGAUCGCAGCGCCAUCCAGGAACCAAUGUCUGAGCUCAAGAUGCUCUGGGAAAACCUGGAUGAGAAGAUCAUCAGCCGACAGCACAAACUGGAGGGAGGCCUUCUGGCACUGGGCCAGUUCCAGCACGCACUGGACGAGGUUCUGGCCUGGAUGAGCCACACCGAGGAGCUGCUCAAUGACCAGAGGAAGGCUGGAGGAGACCCCAAAGCUGUCGAGAUAGAGCUUGCCAAGCAUCAUGUUCUCCAGAAUGAUGUGUUGGCUCAUAAGGCGACAGUUGAGACGGUCAAUAAGGCCGGUAAUGAUCUGGUGGAGUCCAGCGCUGGUGAGGAAGCUUCCGGUCUGCAGAGCAAACUGGAGAACCUGAACCAGCGGUGGAAAGCCAUCCUGGAGAAGUCGGGGCAGAGGAAGCAACAGCUAGAGAGCGCUCUGCUUCAGGCCCAAGGUUUCCAUGGUGAGAUAGAAGAUAUGCAGCAAUGGCUGAAAGACACGGAACGUCAGCUGUUGGCAUCAAAGGCUGUGGGAGGCUUACCAGACACGGCCCGGGAGCAGCUUAACACCCAUCUGGAGUUGUGUUCUGCCUUCGAGGUAAAGGAGGAGCUGUACCAGGAGCUGAUGAACAAGGGUCACCAGCUGCUCGCCAUAACACCCGAGGGUCCAGACAGCAACACGGAGCAGGACCUCGCCAACCUGAAGGACAAAUGGGAAGCCGUGCAGGGGAAGGUUGUGGAGAGAAAGGUGAAACUAGAAGAAGCCUUGACGCUGGCCACGGAUUUCCACAACUCUCUGCAGGACUUCAUCAACUGGCUCACCCAAGCAGAGCAGACGCUGAACAUGGUUUCCCCUGCCUCCCUCAUACUGGACACCAUCAUGUUUCAGAUUGAUGAGCAUAAGAUGUUUGUGACAGAGGUGAACUCUCACAGGGAACACAUCAUUGAACUGGACAAGACAGGAACCCAUUUGAAGUACUUCAGCCAGAAACAGGAUGUGGUCCUGAUCAAGAACCUGCUGCUCAGCGUGCAAGGCCGCUGGGAGAAGCUGGUGCAGCGGUCUGUUGAGCGAGGUCGUCUGCUGGAUGACGCCAGGAAGAGGGCCAAACAGUUCCAUGAAACUUGGAAUAAACUGAUGGAAUGGUUGGACGAAUCUGAGAAGACUCUGGAUUCAGAAGUGGAAAUUGCCAACGAUCCAGACAAAAUCAAGACACAGCUGGCGCAGCACAAGGAGUUCCAAAAAGCUGUGGGCAGCAAACACUCCGUGUACGAUACCACCACUCGAACAGGGCGGGCCUUGAAAGACAAGACCUCCCUUCGGGAUGAUAAUCAGAAAUUGGACGACAUGCUGAGUGAACUGAGGGACAAAUGGGACACCGUUUGUGGCAAAUCGGUAGAAAGACAAAACAAGCUCGAGGAGGCCCUGUUGUUCUCCGGCCAGUUUACAGACGCUCUCCAGGCUCUCAUUGACUGGCUGUACAGAGUGGAACCUCAACUGGCUGAGGACCAGCCCGUACACGGAGACAUAGACCUGGUUCUCAACCUGAUAGACAACCACAAGGUUUUCCAAAAGGAGUUAGGAAAGAGGACAGUGAGCGUUCAGGCCCUCAAACGUUCAGCCAAGGAGCUGAUUGAGAGCAGUCACGAUGACUCGUCCUGGGUCAAAGUUCAGAUGCAGGAGCUGGGAACUCGCUGGGAGACGGUGUGCAACCUCUCAGUGUCCAAACAGGCCCGUCUGGAGCAGGCCCUGUGUCAGGCUGAGGAGUUUCACUCGACUGUUCAUAUCCUGCUGGAGUGGCUGGCUGAGGCAGAGCAGAGUUUGCGUUUCCAUGGCAGCCUGCCUGAUGAUGAGGAGGCUCUGCAGGCGCUUAUCGAACAACACAAGGAGUUCAUGAAGAAACUGGAGGAAAAGCGAGUGGCUCUAAAUAAAGCAACCAGUCUGGGGGAAGCCAUUCUGGUCAUCUGCCAUCCAGACUCUAUCACUACCAUCAAACACUGGAACACCAUCAUUAAAGCCCGGCUCGAAGAGGUGCAGGCUUGGGCAAGGCAGCACCAGCAGCGGCUGGCCACGGCCCUCACUGAGUUGUUAGCCACUCGGGAGCUCCUGGAGAAUCUGCUGACUUGGCUACAGUGGGCUGAGACCAACCUCAACGAUAAGGACAAAGAGCAGCUGCCGCAGGAGAUCGAGGAGGUCAAAAGCCUCAUAGCAGAACACCAGGCCUUCAUGGAGGAAAUGACCAGGAAGCAACCAGAUGUUGACAAAAUCACUAAGACACACAAAAGGAAGCCUGCUGUGGAGCCCCCAGUCCAGUCUCACAUCCCUGUGCUCGACAAAGCAAGAAGUGGAAGAAAACGUUCUCCUACACAAACGAUGUAUGCGUCAGCAACACAACCUCCCAUUGAAACCAAGAACCCGCGGGUUAACCUGCUGGUCACUAAGUGGCAGCACGUGUGGCUGCUGGCUUUGGACCGAAGGAGGAAACUCAAUGACGCCUUGGACAGACUGGAUGAGUUGAAGGAAUUUGCCAACUUUGACUUUGAUGUGUGGCGGAAGCGCUACAUGCGCUGGAUGAACCAUAAAAAGUCCCGUGUCAUGGACUUCUUCCGCCGCAUUGACAAAGAUCAAGAUGGCAAGGUGACCCGACAGGAGUUCAUAGAGGGCAUCCUCUCUUCCAAAUUCCCCACCAGUCGUCUGGAGAUGAGUGCUGUGGCAGACAUAUUUGACAGAGACGGGGACGGAUACAUUGACUACUAUGAGUUUGUGGCAGCUCUUCAUCCAAACAAGGACGCUUACAAACCGCUGACAGACGCUGACAAAAUUGAAGAUGAGGUGACACGACAAGUAGCAAAAUGCAAAUGUACAAAACGAUUCCAAGUGGAGCAAAUUGGUGCAAACAAAUACCGGUUCUACCUUGGAAACCAGUUUGGAGACUCUCAGCAGCUUCGUCUAGUACGUAUUUUACGCAGCACUGUGAUGGUGCGGGUGGGCGGAGGCUGGAUGGCUCUGGAUGAGUUCCUGGUGAAGAACGACCCGUGUCGAGCUAAAGGCAGGACCAACAUGGAGCUGCGAGAGAAGUUCAUCCUCCCGGAGGGAACCACUCAGGUGAUGGCGAGCUUCCGCUACAGAGGUCGGAGAUCUCGGCCGUCAUCCAGAGGAGCUUCUCCCAACAGAUCCACCUCCAGUCAGAGCUGUGCGGUCCCAUCGAACCCAGUAGUGACCAGUACACCCAAGACUCCCCAACACAUAACCCGCAAUUAUGAUAAGCCCUGGCUUACAAACAGCAAACCCUCCACUCCUCUUAAAUCAUCAGACUCCUUUGGGAGCCAAGGGUCAUCCUCAGAGAGUACACCAGUUCAAGGCAGUAAAUUACGUCUUCCUGGGUACUUGUCAGGCAAGGGAUUUCAGUCUGCUGAGGAGGGAACCUUGAUCAGCGCUGCUGUACUGAAAGCUCGAGCACAGACGAUAGGUGAGCCGAGAAAGAAUUCCAGCCGACCUGGAAGUAAAGCUGGAAGCAGAGGGAGCAGUCGCAGAGGAAGUGACGCCUCUGACUUUGACAUCUCAGACAUCCAGUCUGUGUGCUCAGACGCAUCUGAGACAGUCGGUGACUCAAGCCGAGCGACGCCGCGCUCAGCGUCCCGUCAACGCGGAGGAAAACCCUCCAAGAUCCCCACUCCUCAGAGAAGAACCACUCCCACAAGCAAACUGGCCAAGGGAUCCAAGCGAUAGUCAGUGGCCUUGAAAACAAACAACCCAGGAGCUAGUUGCACCCUAAACACGUAACGGACACUGGAGAUAUCUAACUUAAAAGACUGUGUUGAGUGUUAUUUAAAUUGUUGCGAAGAUGUAAAAUAUUCUGUUGAGAGGCAAUAUGGUUUAAUAUUAUGUGAGAAUGGAAUGUUAAUGGCCUUGUGUAUUUGUUUUUAAUGUAUUUUAUUUUUGUGAAACAUGUCAAAUUGUUUUUAUCGUAUUUUAUUUUAUUGAUGCAAAAAACCUGUAGAGGUUUGACAAACACUAGAAAACCUGGGAAUGACUACAUUGUAAGGUUAGCUUACCUUUCUAAACACACUAAUGAAGAGCAACACGCGGGAUAGCGCUCUGAGAGUUACUGAAUGUACUGUAAUUUGUUUGCUGAUGUUUGGAGUAGAUGGUGCAUUAUCGUACCAUUUGAGACACUGCAAUUAUCUAUUUAAGUGCUAUCAUAUACUGCCAACAUGCAUUUAAAGGGCAAUGCAAUAUACUACAAUAAACCCCAGUAAGCACUGCAGAAACCUUUGAAAAACACUAUUUAAGGCAAGUUGCAAAAACCUCGUAAUAAUGAAGCUUUUAGGUCCUGUUUGUUUGUGAGCAGCUGCAGUCCCUCUUUUGUUUGACCACUUCACAGCAGUGUGUGUAUGUUGACCUUAAAGAGGUGCCUCUCCAUGUAGACAUUCUCUUAUGCAUCCAUGUCAAUGUAUGGUUAAUUUCGGUAGAGCUGAAAUUGUCACUGUAACAAUACUUUGUAAUAAACCUGCUUGCAGAAAGCCACCCACAACAA